GCUCGAGAGAGAGCGAGAGAGAGAGAGAGAGAGGGAAGCGAAGUAAGUGGAGAGUGUUGCCGCUGCGCACAAACAGAGAUUUGAUCUGUGAGUUCGGUGCUAGUCCGCUUGCACUAAGCUACCUACUGCAAACAAGGCUGCGUCUAAACAUAUACCUCUGCAACUUGUUGAAUCCGCUUAAUAAUAGAAACUUUGUCAGGGAAAAGUUUAGGAACUUUUGAGUGGGACUGGAUACGACCUUGGACUUAUUCAUGACAACAUUCAAGUGAAACAUUAUUUUUUGAAUGUAUGUUUUGAACAAUUUUGUUUUAUUUAUUAUACGGGCAUAUUCACCUUAAUGUGAAUCCCUGCCAAAUAAUCGCAUUUGAAUAGACUGAAAAUAACAUCUACAUAGGGGGAACAACAUAUUUUUAAAAUACAUUUUUAUUUAUUUUUUCCAGGUGAACGAAGGUAACGAAGAAAACUGUGGAUUAAACAAAGCAGGAAUUCGGACAGAUUUUUUUCUUACUUGACUUGAAUCGGUUCACUCCGGUGUAUAUGAACGUUUGCUAAAAAGCUAUGGAAGUAUCCGCGGACCAACCCCGAUGGAUGAGCCAUCACCACCCAUCGGUGCUAAACGAACAGCAUCCAGGCUCGCACCACCCGGGCCUCGGCCACUCGUACAUGGACCCCUCGCAGUAUCCCCUCGCCGACGAUGUGGAUGUACUGUUUAAUAUCGACUCACAGGGCAACCACGUAUCUCCAUACUAUGGGAACUCAGUUCGAGCCGUCCAGAGGUAUCCACCUCCUCCACAUAACUAUCAUACUUCACCACACAACCGUGUCCAUUUUAUGGCAGGUAGUCAGGUGUGUCGCCCCUCUCUACUGCACGGCUCUCUGCCGUGGCUGGACGGAAGCAAAGCGAUGCAGCACCACAGCACUUCCCCGUGGAACCUGAGUCCUUUCCAGAAGAGCUCACUUCACCACGGUUCCCCGGCAGGUCUCUCUGUCUACCCCCCGGCAUCCUCCUCCUCCCUGUCUGGGGGCCACUCCAGCCCGCACCUCUUCACCUUUCCCCCCACUCCUCCGAAAGACGUGUCCCCGGACCCAGGCAUCUCCACUCCGGGCUCAAGCAGCAACAGUCGCCAACAGGAGGAGAAAGAGUGCAUAAAGUACCAGGUGUCCCUGGCCGAGAGCAUGAAACUGGAGUCACACAGCCGGAGCAUGGCAUCAAUCGGAGCGCAAUCCUCCGCGCACCAUCAUCACCCCAUCGCCACAUACCCAUCCUAUGUCCCCGAAUACGGCCCAGGCCUCUUCCCACCAAGUAGCCUGAUAGGUGGGUCAUCUUCUAGUUAUGGUUCCAAAACAAGACCAAAAACAAGGUCAUGUUCAGAAGGUAGAGAGUGCGUUAACUGUGGAGCUACGUCGACCCCGCUCUGGAGGCGGGAUGGCACUGGUCACUAUUUGUGUAACGCCUGCGGACUCUAUCACAAGAUGAACGGGCAGAAUCGGCCCCUCAUCAAACCCAAGCGACGACUGUCUGCAGCAAGACGCGCAGGAACAUCAUGUGCAAACUGUCAAACGAGCACGACAACACUGUGGCGAAGAAACGCCAACGGGGACCCCGUGUGUAACGCUUGCGGUCUAUACUACAAACUGCACAAUAUCAACCGACCUCUCACCAUGAAGAAGGAGGGCAUUCAGACCAGGAACAGGAAGAUGUCCAGCAAGUCGAAGAAGAGCAAAAAGUCCCACGACAGCAUGGACGACUUCUCCAAGAGCCUGAUGGAGAAGAGCAGCUCGUUCAGCCCCGCCGCUCUGUCCCGCCACAUGUCCUCCUUCCCCCCCUUCUCACACUCCGGCCACAUGCUGUCCACCCCCACGCCCAUGCACCCCUCCUCCUUCGCCCCUCACCCCCACUCCAGUAUGGUCUCUGCCAUGGGCUAGAAGACCCCAACGGUACCACCCACCUCCCAGAACCCCUCAACCAACCCCCAUCCCCCCAUCCUCUUACUCCCAGUUCUUUUUCGCUUACCUGAAUCCCAAGCUGAAAGACAACCAAACUGCUCUCUGCUGCCCAUAACCAACCGCUCUGCUCCAUCACCAAGCCGCCUAUGAUCUGACCUCAUUGUGAGGGAGACAGGCUUUAUGGGUCCUUGCUUUUGUUCAGUUGUCUCUUUUUUAAUCUUUAUCAAGUGUAUCUACUGCGAUCCUCAAAGCCUGGCAGACUGACUCACUGACUGUGGUUUUCCGACUCCUCGGAAGACCACUCCCUGACUGUCCUCCCAGCUGAUAACCCCCAAUCUGGAAACCCAUUUGUGUUCAAACAUUUUUCAAGGGAAAAGCAAAGAUUAUUAACAAUCAUUACAAAAGCUACAACUUUUAUGAUGCCCCCCUCCGAUUCCCACCCUACUUCACACACCUGUAUGACAGGACCCCAACACCCCUGAGCCGUGAGAAGAAGAGAGGAGAUUAACUUUGAAUAUAUUUGUACAAAUUGUAUGAAAUACAGUACAUUUAACGAAGACUUUUUAAUUAAGUAAAAUGCCCCUGGGCAGCUAACGACAGAAGGGUACGAGUCAAGGCAAGAAGAGACACUGCCGCUGGAGAGUAGAGGAAGAGAGGACGCCUCUGCUUCCUGGAGAGACGGAUGAGAGGGAGGAGAGGAAAGGACAGAGAAAAGGACAGGCCUUCACUUUCGCCUGCUGGAAAACGUGUUUGAUGCAUUAAGCUUCUAGAGAGUCUAUUGUUCUGACUGCAGGCGUCUCUUUUUUUGGAUGUGCUAUAGGUCUCGGGCUGUUGGUUUGUGUUCACAUGCUAGCACAUACAAACACAUAUUCACACAUCAUACUUUCACAUACACACACAAACACACACUGCCACAUUGGAUCACCUGAAAGACUUUCUUCCGGCCCACAGAUUAUAUGCAUUGUGAAAAAAGUUCCUGUAUUUGUUAUUUGUAUGUAUAAUUCAGAGUACCAAAAAUACGAAAGAAACAAAGAUGUAGAAUUAUUUCUUUAUGUUAUGCAGACUGAAUGGUUGUAAAAAUUUAAUAAUAAUCACUAGUGUAAAAAAUGACUGCUUUUUUGUUUCGUAAUUAUUAUUAUUUUCUUUGAAAAGAAUAAACUAGUUUAAUCUCUGUUGACAUGUUA